CCCUCCUCCCAUUGCCUCAGAUUCCCUCAAAAAUCUUAGAUCCAAAAUUUCACCUUUCAAGAAAAUCAAGAAUCACAGUUCAAAUUCAAGAUUCUCUCUCUUCAGACAACAUUGUCACAUCAAAAAAGUUCCAUGUUGUCCUUCACCCCCACUUCAAUCUAAGCCAACCCCAAGAUUCUCUGACCCCACCCCCACUAGCCACCGCCAUCACCACUUUUCUGUCACCACCCCACCCCCACCAACCCCGCCGCCUUACUAUCAAAAGCUAUUGAUGCAGCAAAACCAUAUGAUUAUGAAUCACUAAUAUCAAAUCAAUAUGCUCAAUCAGGUAGACUCAAAAUAGCCAUAGUUGGUUUUGGUAACUUUGGUCAGUUUCUUGCUAAACCCUUUGUUAGAGAAGGUCAUAUUGUAUUUGCUCAUUCAAGAACUGAUUAUUCAAAUAUUGCUAAUUCAUUGGGUGUUUCUUUUUUCCAAGAUCCACAUGAUUUAUAUGAACGACACCCUGAUGUUAUUGUACUUUGUACUUCAAUUAUAUCAACUGAACCUGUACUUAAAUCACUGCCUAUUCAGAGGUUGAAAAGGAAUAACUUAUUUGUUGAUGUUUUGUCUGUUAAAGAAUUUCCUAAGAAUAUUUUUCUUCAAGUUUUGCCUACCCAUUUUGAUAUACUGUGUACUCAUCCUAUGUUUGGACCUGAAAGUGGGAAGGAUAGUUGGAAAGAUUUGGCAUUUGUGUUUGAUAAAGUUCGUAUCGGUGAAGGGAAAUCAAGAACAGCAAGGGUUGAUAGGUUUCUUGAUAUAUUUGAGAAAGAAGGGUGUAGGAUGGUGGAAAUGACAUGUGCUGAACAUGAUAGGUAUGCUGCUGGUUCACAGUUUAUUACGCAUACAAUUGGGAGGGUGUUGGAGAAGUUAGAUUUGGAGACGACUCCGAUUAAUACGAAAGGGUAUGAGACUUUGUUGAAUUUGGUGGAGAAUACUGCUAGUGAUAGUUUUGAUCUGUACUAUGGGUUGCUUAUGUAUAAUAAAAAUGCUAUGGAGGAGUUGAAAAGACUUGAUUUGGCUUUCGAGGCUUUGAAGGAGUUAUUUGGGCAUUUACAUGAAGUGUUGAGAAGGCAACUGUUUGGGAAGGCGGAGGAAGCAGGACAGAGGCGUAUCUUAACCAAAUUGCCGAAGAACGGCUAUGCACUGCCAGCGCCUUCAUCGGAUGCCAUCAAAUCUCAGAAAACAACUGAGCGAAUUUCUGAAUCUUGGUACUAUUUAUGUUCGAAGCAUCUGCUCUCGUCUUGGUGGACAAAGCUCCCUGAUAUUUAUUGCUGGUGGGAGGUGACAGGUAUCCCAUGGAAUUAGUCGAGCUGCGCGCAAGCUGACAUGACACCACUGUUAUACAAAAAAAGAAACACAUGUUUCUCUCUUCCACUCUGUUUUUUUUUCCUUGAUAAACAAAGAGCGGAAUGGAAAAACUUCACUCUUAAAAUAGGGGUUUCCCCUGAAAAAAUGAUGCACAAACUAAAUGAUUUUUAGAUUCAUAUUAACUGCAAGCAAUUGAGAUAGCAUGCUUCUGGAUGUUUUAUUGCUUUAUUGUUGGUUGCUCAAUAAAACUGCCAAAAGGUGAUUAGAUGAAAUAGUUGUUUCUCAUUUCGUCAUAACGUACAUAGUUCAUUUCCUUUUUAAGCUGCCAGAUUACCUUUUGUCUUCUUCAAAUUGUCGGAGGCAACCUUAUGAUACUUGUCACUGAUCUAUUAGAUAAUGCUGAGAUAUAUCUCAUCAUUUACAGUUACAAUGCCUCUACCAACUACCAAGACUUAUCUUUAGGCAUUUUAUUCUAGUUCCUGAGUUGAUAUGUCAAUCUUUGUUUUGUCAGCUAAAGAAAACUUAAUGAUGUUCAUCUCAUUUCAUACAAAGUGUAAAUUCCAUCUCUCAUAAAAAGAAACCGAGGCUUCCUAUUUGCUUAUACAAAAGAAUUGCUUUAACGCUUUAAGUUGCAGUCAAGGGAUUGAUACAUAUGAGUAACAAUUAGGAUUCCCAAGUUCUAAUCCAGAGACAACAAUAGAUGUGUGCUAAUUUGUUUCAACCUUGGUGGGUAGGUUUAUCCAACGGUUAAUCUUGUAGGUUGUAGCAAUUUGCUUGUGGAUUUAUUUCGGUACACCCUAGGUGUCCCGAGCACCACUCCACUAAAAGGUAUUUUUAUACUUAAUGUCGUAGUCGAGUUUUAAGAAUUUUCACCUUCUAGUGAUAUGCAUAACUUGGUUGAUGGCUAUGACAAUACAACUACAACAACUAAUUUAUGUGUAUCAAAUACAUUAUACAUGUAUUCUUCAAGUAUGGUAUUUGAAUUUGGAACUUACCAAUUCUCACAUUAACACUUAACACUUAAUACUUAACACUACUACUACAGCAACAACAAUAUAAUACUAGUGUUAUUCCACAAGUGGGGUCUUGGGAGGGCAGUGUGUACGUAAACCUUACCCCUACCUCUUGUUUUCGGUAGACCCUUAGCUUAAGAAAAAACAUAACAAAGAAGUCCGGGAAAAGGAAUACCAAAAGUGUAGAAGCCACGACAAAAUAUUAAAGAUAACAUGACAAAGCAUUCUGAAGAAAAGGAACAAUGUCUGCAACAAAAUAAUACUAUAAUUGAAGUACAAGAAAUAACAAAUAAUAAUAGAAAUCGAAGAACAACUAACUACAAGAGUAUUGCUUUAAUUUCUAGCAUAUAAGGUUAAGAAAUGCAAUACUCAACUACUUACUAGCCUUAUACCCAAUUUGUGUCCUCCAUAGCCUCAUAUCUAAGAUUUUAUCCUCGGUAAACUGAAGUUGAGCCAUGUCCUACCUAAUCACCUCUUUUCUUGAUACUUCUUCGGCCUACCUCUACCUCUCCUAACACCUUCCAUAGCCGGCUCCAAAUUGGGACAUUCGUUCAUCUCUUCUUCACAUGCUCGAAUCAUCUCAGUCUUGCUUCCUCGCUUCCUGCUUCUUAUCCUCUCCAAAGCCCGGGUAGCUUCGACCUUAGGCGAUAGAGCUUCCUUGACCUUAUUUUUGGCGCUAAUUCGGGCUAGAUCAUCGGCACUGUGAAUGUGCUCAGAAACAAUAGUAGCAGCAACCACCAAUUGUUUAGCCAAAUGGAGGUUAAUUUCAAAGGUGUUAUCAUGAUUGGGAGUAGCAAAGAAGUAAGUGAAAUUAGGGUUUAAACAAGGAGGGCACAAGUAACCUUGGGAGGAGGAAUCAACAUUAGGGAUGCAAGAGAGGUGUGAGAUAGAGGUGCAUUUUGAGCAUUGGAUACAGAGGUGAGGAGGAGGAGGGUUGUAGAGGAAGAUAUCAAAGCAGAUAGGGCAGAAGGAACCUGGGUGGGAUUCAAGUACACAUGCAGUGCAAAGAUGGUGGUAGACACCUCUGUAGGGGAGAUGGUGGAGGAUGAAGGGGCGUUUGACGAAACAAACUGCGCAUUCACGGCCUUCCAAUGGCUGUUCCUCCACUUGCUGCGGCAUCAGAACUAGCAAUUUUCUCUAACCCUAAUGGCGUAUUGUAAUCUCAAGUUUAUUUAUAAGGACGGAUAUUAAAGAGUUGUUUAGAUUCUAAGUAUCCAAUCCCCUCUUUUGUUCU